AUGUCCACCAGUCACGCUGUUCCUCUACCUCCAUCCCGUGAUUUCAUGACUUCUCUCUUCAACAGUCUUACUUCUCCUCCUCUUCCUUCUUCUUCAACACACAACUCAAAUCCAAUUUCAAAUAAUACAGAUUCAAACACAAAUACAACAUCAGCUUCCCUCUCAAACCCACAGAGAAUUUUAAAGGAAAAUGAAAGGGAUAAUAGAAAUGGAAAUGGAAAUCAAAAUCCUUUAAAACAGAUGAACGUGCAGAAAAAAGCAUUGUUGAUGACGCUUCAUGUUAUUUUUCCGCCGCCAUUGCUAUUGCAUGCGUUGGAUUUAUUGGAUAGAGGGGGAGUGGGGAGGAUAGUUUUGAGAGGGGAGGGGGAUGUAGGAGAGGGGGUUGGUACUGGGGAAGAUAUGAGGGAUAGGAUGGAUGGAGAGAGGAAAGGCAUUGGGGGGAAUUCUAGUGGCGCAGGAGAGAAAGAUCUAGAGCGUGGCGAGAGUGUAGGAGUUGACAAUACAAGAGUAGGAGAGCUGACGAUCGAUGCUCAGGAAGCCAAAAUCUCUCUAUUCACAUCCCCAUCCGCAUCCACUUCCCCAAACAAGAAUUAUUCUCUUCUCCCUCUCUCUCCUUCCCAUCCCAUCCCAAACCCCCCCUCUCCCCCCAAAACAAAGCCACCAACACUCUACCAAGUACGUUCUUCUCAGCCCUCAAAAUGGCAUUCUUCACGCUCCGCAUCUACAUCUACAUUCGGAACAGGAACAUCACACACAACUACAGAAAAUACAUACACCGUACAUCUCAACGCCUGGAACUGUAGUUGUGCCGCUUUUGCAUAUUCGGCUUUUCCUGCUUUUCCUGCUUCUUCUUCUUCUUCUUCUUCUUCUUCUACUACUACUACUACUACUUCCUCUACUACUAAUCCCUAUCCAUAUCCCCAUCCAUACAUUCCCACUUCUACUUCUGCCUCAUCUACUUCUUAUUUCCCAUGGGACGUGCAGCGCCGCUCUCCAGAAAAUCAAUAUCCGAAUUCAACCUCAAUCUCAAUAGCAGAGGAAAAAGAAAAUUGGCAAUACGGAGGCUGGACAAAAUCAUCUCAAGUACCGAUUUGUAAACAUUUGUUGGCGUGCUUGUUGGUGGAGAGGUGGGGGGAUGUGCUAGGGAUGUAUGUACGAGAGAGGGUUGUGGGGAGGGAGGAGAUGGCUGGGUUGGUUGUUUGA